AAUUCACACCAAUUACACUUUUUUUCUUCUUCUCAAAUCCUCUCUCCACCCUUACUUAUUCCCCUUUUUCGACCAUUUAAACUUGAUUUCUUCAAAUUUUAUUUCAUUUUAGUCAUGGGCUUUUUUAGUUUGACACUAAUGUCAAUACUAAUGUGUGCUUUCUUGCCUCCAUCAUCACAAGACCCCAAUGAUCAAUCUUGUCUAACAAACUUGUUCCAAUCCAUGCACGUCCCGGACCAUAACUUGGUCAAUUGGACCGAACCCAACCUCGCAAACCCAUGUUCGGGUUUCAUGUCAAACCUCACAGGCGCAACGUGCAACAACGGUCGAAUCUACAAGCUCUCCUUGAGCAACCUCUCCCUAUAUGGCUCAAUCUCACCCUACAUCUCCAACUGCACAAGUCUCCAAUCAUUAGACCUCUCAAACAACGCUUUAACCGGACCAAUACCAACCGAAUUCCAGUACCUCAUUAACCUCGCCAUCCUCGAUCUCUCCUCCAACCACCUUUCGGGCACCAUCCCACCAUCCCUCACAAUGUGCAUGUUCCUCAACAUCAUUGACCUCCACAACAACUCCCUCACCGGACCAAUCCCACCGCAACUCGGUUCAUUGGUUCGGUUAUCGGUUUUUGAUGUUUCGGAUAACAAACUGUCGGGUGUGAUCCCCACAAGCCUCGUGGAUCGGCCCGGAAACCUUCCUGGCUUCAAUGCUACGUCGUAUUCGGGUAAUGAGGAUCUUUACGGGUACCCUUUGGGUCCAAUGAAGAGUAGAUCAGGGUUGCCCGUUCUGUUGAUUGUUGGGAUAGGGUUGGGGAGUGGGUUGAUUAGUUUGGUGUUGAGUUUUGUUGUGACGUGUGUUUGGUUGAAAGUGACGGACCAGAAGUUGGCUGCUGAACAUCAAGGCAAAAUCAAUGAAUUAAUGCCGGAAUAUUGAUUUAUAGUUUUGGUUUGGGGGUGAAAUGUGAAGUUUGCUGAGCUUAAAUUUGUUUUUGUUUUAUUUAUUUUUUUUAGCUAAAAUUUUUGCAGUAAAUCAGUUCUUUGUGCAUUUUCUUGUAACAAACAA